AUGACGCCAACAUCUCUCCUUGGAUCAGGCAAGCAUGAUCCAUUUGCCAUGUGUUCUUUCACGAGCACAAGAGAAGACUACAAGCUUUUUCAUUUCUUUCACAAUACCGUCACGGAGAUCGUUUACCGUUUCGGUCUGGCGGCACCUUUAUUCUACUUACGACUAGUUUCACAACAAUUCAUCCACGAUGAGGCUGUCAUACAACUGAUUCUGGCACUUUCGAGUUAUGCCUGGUCCAACUUAUUCGGAAAAGACGAAUGCUACGAGAGAAAGGGGCUGAUGCAUAAAAUCAAGGGUAUGGAGCUCGUCAUCAAGAAGCUGGGACAUCCACAAUCCGCCAUCUCAGAUAGCACUAUUCAGGCAGCAAUCAUCUUAUCCGCAAUUGAGGUGAGUAUUAAUGCUGAAGUACCCAUUAGAACGUACUAA